AUGUUUUUUCCACCGAAACACGUUUUUUGUUUAAGAGCGCGAUGUGUAAAGACGCUUGUUGUGCUGCAUAUUUCUGUCUGUGCCAUUCUGUUUGGUGGCACACUCGGUGAAGUGCGAUACUCAGUUCCAGAAGAAAUGCAACGGGGCUCGGUGAUUGGAAACCUGGCACACGAUUUGGGGCUUAAUGUGGAUGAGCUGAUUCAACGCAACGCAAAGGUUGUGGCGGAGGGAAGCCGGCAGUUCUGUGAGCUAAGUACAGAGACGGGCUCUCUCUUGGUCAGUGAGCGGAUGGAUCGAGAGGAGCUAUGCGCACAGACUGAGGUAUGCAUUGUGCAGUUUCAACUGCUACUCGAGAACCCGCUCAAAGUGUACAGCCUUGUACUGGAUAUACAGGACAUCAACGACAACGGUCCCUUCUUUGAUAAUGGACAAAUCGAGCUGGAGCUUUUGGAGUCAACAGUUCUGGGGAGACGCUUUCCACUGGAGAGUGCACGAGAUCCUGAUAUGGGUGCUAAUUCAGUUCAGCACUACCGACUAAGCGAAAAUGAUUAUUUUGCUUUGGAAAUGAACACUCAUGUGAAUGCAAAUGCAUACCCUGAACUGGUUCUUAAAAAGCCGCUUGACCGUGAAAGCCAGGUGGAUCACUUCUUGACCAUCAGUGGAGUGGAUGGGGGUCAUCCACCUCUUUCUGGUACAGCUUCCAUUCAUAUCCAUGUGCUGGAUGCAAAUGACAAUGUCCCAGUUUUCAGCCAAAGAGUUUACAAAGCUUACAUACAUGAGAACUCUGACCGAGGUACGGUUUUGGCAAAGUUAAACGCAACAGAUUUGGAUAGCGGACUUUAUGGCACAAUCAGCUACUCCUUUAGUCACGUGCCUGAUAAGACCAGAGGGGUUGUUGAUAUUGAUCCUAUGACUGGUGAAGUGAGAGUAGCAGGGGCAAUUGAUUACGAAGAAGCAAGCACACAUGAACUGGACAUUCAAGCCAAAGAUGGAGGAGGACAGUCAUCACACUGUAAACUUAUUAUAGAGGUUACUGACCUCAAUGACAAUGCACCUGUGAUAGAGAUCAAGUCCUCAUCCCCCUCUGUCUCUGAGGACGCCUCACCUGGGACCAUGGUUGCUUUGCUCAAUGUUUACGAUCUGGACACUGGUGCUAGUGGACGGGUAACAUGUGACAUUACUGAUGAUGCGCCAUUCAAACUUAUAUCAGAAGUGAAGAAUUAUUUCAUGCUUGUGACUGAUGGUGUUUUAGAUCGGGAAAAGCGUUCGUAUUAUAACAUAACAGUGACCGCAGUGGAUGCAGGUACCCCUCCUAUGUUCAGCAGUAACAUUGUAUCCAUAAUGGUGGCAGACAUUAAUGACAACCCCCCUGUCUUUACUCAAAGUGAAUACACCAUUGAGGUGCCUGAAAACAGAGCGCAAGGCUUGCCGGUGAUAAGGGUGAGCGCUGAUGAUGCAGAUGCUGGGCAAAAUGCUCAAGUUCAAUACUCAUUAGCAGAGGAUGCAGUCUCUUACUUUUCGAUGAAUGCAGAGACAGGAGAGAUCUUCACUUUGCGCCCUUUUGAUUAUGAGAUUUCAAGCCAUUUCUGGAUACGUGUCAUGGCGCGAGAUGGGGGAAGCCCUCCCUUCACCAGCACUUGCACUGUUAGGGUUUUCAUCAGAGAUGAAAAUGACAAUGCACCUGUUGUCCUUUACCCAGUUCAGUCUAGUGGAUACAUUGCAGAUGACAUAGUGCCCUUAGCUGCUCCUAAAGGUUAUCUAGUCACUAAAGUGGUGGCUGUCGAUGCAGAUGCGGGGCACAAUGCCUGGUUGUCUUAUCAUAUAGUAAAAGCUACACAGCCUAAUUUAUUUUCCAUUGGGUUACACUGUGGAGAAAUAAGGACGCUUAGACCAUUUGUAGAUGAUGAUGAACCGAAACAAAUUUUGGUGGUUGCUGUAAGAGAUAAUGGAGCUGAGUCUCUGUCUGCCACAGCCACUGUGAUUAUUGCCAUUGGUGAAGGCCUGCCUGUUAUAGACGAGCUUUCUGCCUUUGGCUUGGAUGAGUCACAGGUGAGAGAUGAUUUUACGCUGUAUUUAAUAAUUGCUCUGGCUGGGGUGUCCAUUCUUUUUCUCAUUCUUAUCACUAUAGUAGUUUACAUGAGGUUCUGUAGACACAACUACAUGCACCGCACCUCUGCAAAGCUUCCUGUUUUCCCCCCAACCUAUGGACCACCAGGCUAUUUUGAUGUUAGUCGAUGUGGUACACUGCAGAAUGACGAUAGGUACAGUUCAUUUUUAACAACAGGGUCAUGGAGAGGUGAUUUUAGAUUUGGCUCAGAGGCUUUUGAUUAUGAUACACUGAGGAAGAGUGGGACAAUGGUGCGUGUGAGUGGAGAUAACACAGCCAAUGUAAAAGUGGGAUCACGUGCACAUCUUUCAGUGACACGGUGAAUUCGGUCCAAAUGUUAGAGUGAAUUCAUAAACAGCAAUAGCAAAACAUCAAAUUAAAUCAUUACUAUAAUUAAUCAGU